AUGGCCAAAUUGAAGAUAGGCGGAGCAUGGGCGGGGGUGGUGGAGGCCGUCGACCUCGACGCCUGGACCCUCGCCGCCCUCCGCGACCACGUGGCCGCGCAAUCCGACACUCCCUCUCACUCCAUCAACCUCAUCUGCGCCGGCAGGAUCCUCAAAGACGACGCCGUUCCGCCGCGGACGCUCUCGCAGCUCGGCAUCCGAAACAACGCCAAGAUCCUCGCCACGCGCGCCGCCUCCCCGCAGCAGGGACACUCGCUCCUCGCGCAGGAGGAGCGCGCCAACAGGCUCGCGCGUAUAAGGGCUGCUGCGACUGCCAUGGCGGAUAGGCACGCGGAUGGCGCGUUGCCGGUUGAGGACUUCAAUAUUGAAGUGGAGGAUCAGAGUGGACAGAAAGUGCGUUUGGGUUCUGAAACUGAUCAGAGGGCAGUGAUGAUGGGACUGAUGCUUCAUGCCAAGGGGAAGCGGCUUAUUAGACAGCGGAAUUAUAAAGAUGCGCUCGAAGUGCUUACCAUGGGAGAGGAGGCAUUCUCUCUUUGUGAUCCAAAAGUCAUUGAGCUUAUCGACAAUGUUCCAAUACUACAAAUAGACAUGGUAUGGUGCUAUUUUAUGAUACGAGACAUCAGAUGGCUCUCAGAUGCAGGAAAGCGUCUAGAAAUGGCUAGGGCAGGAAUUGAACGUGCCCAUGGAAAGGAUUCUCUUCGCCUCAGACUCUUACAAGGAGGCCGUUAUCCAGAACUUGCAUUGCAUUUGAGACUAGAGCUGCUUGAAGGGGUGGUGGCAUAUCAUACUGGGCAGUUGGAGAAAUCAAGAAAAGCAUUGGGCUUUGCAAGAGCAAAAUUUCUCCAGCUGCAAGUGCCAGAUGAAGCCCUAUCACUUGUUAUGAGCAUGGGGUUCUUUGAACGUGAUGCAAAGAGAGCAUUGCGAAUGAACAAUCAAGAUGUUGGGAGUGCCAUUGAUUUUCUUGUUGAGGAAAAGGCGAAGAAAUUGCAAAAAAAGGAGGAGGAUAUUCAGCGAAGAAAUGAAAUUAAGGAACAAAAGCGUUAUGGGAUGACACCUUUAAAAAAAGCUGUAGAUCUAGAGAGAUUGAAGGAAUUGGUCUCUAUUGGGUUUGAAAAAGAGCUUGCUGCUGAAGCCCUUAGAAAAAAUGAAAAUGAUACUCAGAAAGCAUUGGAUGAUUUGACAAAUCCGGAAACUAAUUCUGCUUUACAGGCUAAUAUCGAGUCGAGGAAAAGGAAGAAACAGAAACAGGAAAAAGAUUCUGCAAUUGAAGAAGUUGUGCGAAUGGGGUUCGAAAGAUCAAGAGUGGUUACUGCCUUUGAGGCCGGUGGUACUAUAGAACAAGUAUUGGAAAGACUGACAGCACCUGAGACUGACCCCACAUCUGCGGCCGGAAAUACACAUCCCAAAGAAAAUUCAACCGCCGCUCUCCAUGGUGGUGCAAGUUCAUCUGCUCCUUUACCGGACAAUGUUAAUUCUGAUAUUCUAGACAUGAUGAAUGAGGCUGAAGAUCCAUCUACUUACAGUGAAUCAGCAGAACGAGAUGUAGAGAUGGAAGAUGAGCUCUCUGCAGAUAUAGCGAAAUCAGAUGCCUUGGCUGAUUAUGACAUUGAAGUUAAUGUAGAAGGGGAAGCCAUAUCUGAGUAUCUGGCCCUGGUUGAGUCUGCAGGUAGUGGUGGGAAAAUGGUUGCUUCCCAGUAAGAAAAAAAUGAUUUUGAUGAAUAAUGAUCGGUUUAAUGUAAAUAGCAGGAUGAUAUAGAUAAUUUAUGCUCUUCGUUGCGGGAGCUGAUGUAAAUAGCGCCAUAAGUACAUAUGAAAAUGUGUUCAUACCCUGGAGGUUUUUGUGAUAGUAGUUCCAUUUAGUAUUUAGACACUUAA